GCAGCCAGAGAAGGAGCAGCAGAGACCAUGGCAGCCAGAGAAGGAGGAGCGGAGGCUGUGGCAGCCAGAGAAGGAGGAGCGGAGGCUGUGGCAGCCAGAGAAGGAGGAGCAGAGACCAUGACAGUCAGAGAAAGAGGAGCAGAGGCCAUGGCCACGAGAGGAGGAGGAGCAGAGGCCGUGGCCACCAGAGAAAGAGGAGGAGAGGCCGUGGCCACCAGAGAAGGAAGAGGGGAGGCCGUGGCAGCCAGAGAAGGAGGAGCGGAGGCCAUGGCAGCCAGAGAAGGAGGAGCAGAGGCCAUGGCAGCCAGAGAAGGAGGAGCGGAGGCCAUGGCCGCCAGAGAAGAAGGAAGAGAGACCAUGGCAGCCAGAGAAGGAGGACCGGAGGCCGUGGCAGCCAAAGAAGGAGGAGCAGAGACCAUGGCCACCAGAGAAGGAGGAGCGGAGGCCGUGGCAGCCAGAGAAGGAGGAGUGGAGGCGGUGGCAGUCAAAGAAGGAGGAGCAGAGACCAUGACAGUCAGAGAAAGAGGAGCAGAGGCCAUGGCCGCCAGAGAAAGAGAAGGAGAGGCCAUUGCCACCAGAGAAUGCGGCUGGAUCCUCAGAGACAGAGGAGUGGAGGCCAUGACUACCAGAGAAAAGGAAGGGGAUGCCAUGGCCUCCAGAGAAGGAGGAGCGGAGGCCGUGGCCACCAGAGAAGGAGGAGCAGAGGCCAUGGCUGCCAGAGAAGAGGAGUGGAGGCCAUGGCCACCAGAGAAGGAGAAGAGGAGGCUGUGGCCACCAGAGAAGGAGGAGCAGAGGCCAUCGCCACCAGAGAAGGCUGCCCCUCAGAGAUGGAGGAAGGGAGGUGCCAGGCUUCAAGCUCAGAGCCGAGGCCUGGAGGCUUGAGAGAUGGGGAGAGCCUGAUGCGGCCACAGGCGAGGCAACAGCAGAAGGGUUGCUGGCUGCCGUCCUCGAGGGGGUGUCCACCUGGCCUCUGCCUCCCUCGGAGCAAGACCGGCGGUGGGAAAGCCCCAGGGGAGAGACAGCCCUGGCAGUGCCACACCACACCAGGCUCAGCGCCCAGCCAGAGUCCAUGGGGACCCUGGUCCCUGGAAAGAGAUGAAGAGUGACCGGAUGGCAUUCACGCCCUGCCUUGGGAGUCCCCAGUCUAGAGUGCCAGGAUGGCAUUCACACCCUGCCUCAGGAGUCCCCAGUCUGUCCAAUCCCAGAGCCCUUCCCUGGCCCUUCCAGCUGGAGAGCACGACCCUGAAAGCAGAGGGUGUUUGGGGCUUGGAUUCCAUUUGGAUUCCUAGGGGGAAGCUCUGGGAGGAGCAGGGGGUGGUUGAUAGAGAUGGACAGGGAGGGGGUCUCCACAGAAUCCCACGGGGCCUGCCUGGAGCCGGCCCAUCAUAGGCUGGGGGGCAAGGUGGGGCUUCCCGGGCCAGCAACUGAGGCUCAGCCCAGGGCACUGAGCAGCCCACACUCAGAUAGGGGAGUCUGGGCCAGGUGCUGAGGGGUCCAGGUCCCCUCAGCCCAGGUCGCGCUGCUGGUGACCGCUGUGUGACCUCUCAAAAGUCACUGAACCCCUCACCAUGAAAUGCAGGAAUAAUUCCUGCUUAGAAGAUGUUGUACAGUAUCUUGGAUUUCACAAACACUGUUUAUUUAUACAAAGUACAGAGCUUAGGGCUUCCCUCCCGGUGGAGAUUUUCUAAAUCUAGCCGUUGUUUCUUUUUUUUUUUUUUUGAGACGGAGUCUGGCUCUGUGGCCCAGGCUGGAGUGCAGUG